AUGACAUCCAACAUAUUCCCGCAUAGCCAACCUUCCGUUUUAACGCCAUCACCACCAACAGCCCCAAUCUCGGCCCCCUUACCCCUCGCCGUCCUUCUGUCCCUCACCUCCUUCCUCCUCUUAGUGACACUUCUUGUCCACAUUCUCCCCUAUUACAAGUCGUACUUGUCUGCUUCCUCCGAGGUCUCCUGCCUCCUCGAAACAUCCGAUUACCUUCUCGCCGAAGCCGACACCUACACCCAUGAAGUUAGCAAACUCCCUCGUCUAUCAGACCGUGUCCGGCUCUCCAAGCUAGUAAGAGAGUUCAGGCGGGAGGCAGAAGCCCUAAGGAAGGAGGUCAACUCUCUUGUGUUGCGCAGAGGACAGCAUCAGGAACAUGGACGGGGAGAGGGUCUUGCGUUGAGGCCGAUCGCCCGACUGGGCUGGGCUGUUUACAAAGGCCGGCUUGACGAGAGGAUACGGAGAGUCGACGUGCUCCGCGUCCGGCUGCUAGUCGCGCAAGUGGGGGUAAUUUCCAAUACAAUAGCCGAGUCAACACCACCUCCAACGAGGGAGAACAGCCCAGGGUUGGGGGUAAUCUACGAGGAGAAGCCGCUCGAUGCGCCACCAACUCCGCCGCUUACUCCGAAAACAAUGCCCCGUAAGGGAUGGGAUAGCAGCGAGUCGUUCAAUACGACUGAGCUGACGCCAGCGAAGCAGAAGUUGACUCUCCAGACGGACUGUGUCGACACUUCGAGCAGGAAAGGAUGGGCCGGCGUGGUCAGGGAGUUGCAGAAGAGUCCGCUGUUGAAGGAAAGGCAUGCAAGUAUUGAGUUGGCCAUGUCGAGGGCUGCUUGA